GCAGCCGAGCUGAGGCCCCUCAUCCAGUAUGGCCAUAGCAAGCUCACCACGGCAGACGACGACCCUGACGGCCUUGACUCUCGGGCUAGUAGCGCUCCUCUGCGCCGCCGGCCCGUGCUCGGGCGGCGGCGGCGCGUCCGUGCCCAGCGUCGUCACCGAGGCGUUCUUCGACGGCAUCAAGUCCCAGGCCGGGUCCGGGUGCGAGGGCAACAACUUCUACACGCGGGGCGCGUUCCUGAGCGCCGCCAACUCGUUUCCGGGCUUCGCGCACGGCGGCUCGGAGGCCGACGGCAAGCGCGAGGUCGCCGCCUUCUUCGCGCACGCCACGUACGAGACCGGACAUUUCUGCUACAUCAGCGAGAUCAACAGGGCGAACGUCUUCUGCGACGCGAGCAGCAGGCAGUGGCCGUGCGCCCCGGGGAAGAAAUACUACGGGCGCGGCCCGCUGCAGCUGUCGUGGAACUUCAACUACGGGCCGGCGGGGAGGCGCAUCGGCGUCGACCUGCUGGGGGACCCGGACCGGGUGGCGAGGGACCCCGCGGUCUCGUUCAAGGCGGCGCUCUGGUCCUGGAUGAGCAGCGCGCACCAGGCCGUGCCGCGGGGGUUCGGCGCCACCGUCAGGGCCAUCGACGGCGGCCUCGCGUGCGGCGGGGGGAACCCCGCCCAGGUGAACGCGCUGGUGGGUUACUACAAGCAGUACUGCCAGCAGCUCGGCGUCGACCCCGGGAGCAACCUCACCUGCUAGUGCUAGGAGCCGGCCGGUGGGGUGUGCUCGUCGUCGCAGCUCGUGAAGGAUAAAUAACAUGCUCCGCGUCGCGCACUUGCUGGCGCCUGGAGCGACGUGUGCUAGUACUCUUUUUUCUUAAUGUGUGUGCCGUCGUACUUGGAAAACCACCGAUUCCCAACCGGCAGUGAAAAACUACAGUUCCAAUACGCUGCAGUCCUUUACAAAUUCAUUCUACACGUGCUCGUAUCUACUCCUAUAUAUAUAUAUAUAUUUACAAAUGUGUGGCA